AAGGCCACUUAUCUAUAGUACAAUAUCUAGUAGACACGUGUGACGUUCCUCCUGAUCAACCAGACAAUAGCAAUAACACAGCAUUACUGUACUCAGCAAUGGGGGGCCAUUCUGACCUAGUGGAAUUCUUUAUUGAGAAAAAUUGUAAUACUUUUCAGAUCAAUUGCGAAUGUGCCUCUCUAUCAUUGCUAGCUUGUCAAAGUGGAGAAUUAGCAUUAGUCCACAAGCUUGAAUCAUUAAACCUCUUUUUACCAGAUUCCUCUGAUUUAUCUGGAUCUGGCAUAUUGCAUUACUCAUCUAUGAGUAAUAACGUUGAUCUUUUAAAAUAUCUUUUAAAUCAAUAUCAAUUAUCCAUUGAUGUCAAAGAUCACCAAAAUAGGACUCCACUUCAUAUUGCUUCAUGGUAUGCUUCAUCAUCAGUUGUUGAGUAUAUUGUUAGUAUCCAAGGUAAUGAAGCAAUAUUAGUUAAUGAUAAUAAUGGUAAAUCAUGUUUACAUUAUGCAACUGAUACAGCUACACAUAUUCCAGCUGGUAUUGUGUAUAGUAAGUUUAUUGCACAAAGUGAUGCAUCAGUUAUUGAUAUUAUUAAUAGAACUAGAAUAAAGAAAAAUAUUGAUUUUAUCAAACGGAAUGAAAGAGUUAAAAUAUUUUCUUCACUUCUUAAGAAAGCUAGCCUUUGCCCUAACUUUGACAUCAAUGCCACUACAAAUGAUGGUCAGUCAUUGCUUCAUUUAGCAUCAGUCAGCGGCAGUACAUUACUAGUGAAAGCAUUAAAAAAAUAUAAUAUCAAUUGUACAUUAGAUAAUGAUGGUACGUCUUUAGUAUAUUAUGCUGCCUUGUCAGGUUCUACUAGUGUAUUAAGUUAUAUCAUAUCUCAGUAUAAUCUCAAUGCUAAUGAUACUGAUACUUAUGGUCAUACACCAUUAGUCUACUCCUGCUGGUCAGGUAGUAUUAAUUCUGUUAAAUAUCUUAUUGAUAAUCAUAACAGUGAUCCUUAUAUCACUAAUAAUGAUGGUAUGACAUGCCUUCAUUAUUCUUGUCGUCAUGGUCAUAUUGAUAUCACUCAAUAUUUCAUUGAGGUACAGCAUUGUGAUAUUAAUAGAACAGAUAAUGAAGGACACACAUUAGUACAUCAUGCUGCAUGGAGUGGUAGCUUUGAUUUAGUUCAGUAUCUUAUUACUGAACAAGGUUUGUCUCCUACUGCAGUUGAUAAGAAUGGCCUCACUGCUUUACAUUAUGCCUCAGUGUCUCUUAACUUAUCUCUUGUUAAAGAAUUAAUAACUACCUAUCAGUUAGAUCCUCAUCAAGCUGACAGUAAUGGUAUGCUACCAAUUCAUUAUGCUGCUCAAUCUGGUGAUAUUUUAUUACUGGAAUUAUACAUAAAGGAUUACAAGUGUAGCCUGAGCCUAACAGAUAACAAAGGUUGGAAUGUUAAUCAUUAUUCAUCAUUAAAAGGUCACACUCAUUUUAUUAAGCAUAUCACCAGUCAGUAUCCUCAAUACAUUAGUUUAUUACACUCUACUGACAAUGAGGGAAGGAUACCAUUGCAUUUAGCCUGUGGGAGUGGUAGUAUUCAGUUGGUCACAUUUCUAAUAAAUGACAUGAAGUGUGAUGUCAAUGCUAAGGAUACAAGUAACAGUUCAUGUGUCACAUUUGCCUGUUCCUCAGGUAAUCUUGAUCUAGUACGAUUACUAAUACAACAAUACAAGCUUGAGCCUAUCAAUAUUAAUAACACUGGUUUCUCAGUAUUACAUGCAGCAGCACAGACUGAUCAUACUCAUAUACUGGAAUGGUACAGUCAGGAGUAUAGUGUGGAUAUUACUAAUUACACUAGCAAUAACAAGUACACACUAGCUCAUUCAGCUGCUUAUAAAGGUAAGCUACAUUGUCUACAGGAACUGAUCAACAAGUAUCAGUGUGAUGUUAAUGCCACUACUACUAAUACUGGUAGUACAGUUCUUCAUAAAGCAUGUGAAGGAGGCCAUGUUCCUGUUGUACUUUAUCUCACUAGUCUUCCUCAGUGUAAUGUAGCAGCUAAGACUUCUAAUGAAUCAACAGUUCUUCACAUUACCUGUGAGUACAGUGACUCUCUUCCUAUACUCAAACAUCUGGUAGAGAAUCAUCAGUUAGAUCUAUGUGCUAUGGAUGACAAUGAAUUAGCUCCUAUUCAUUUAGCAUGCAUAGAAGGAAGAUUGAACCUGGUUGAGUACAUUAUAGAACAGAUACCAUCAUCACUUGAACUACUUUGCAGGCCUAGACAUGACCAUACUCCAUUCCUUACUGCAGUGUACUUCAAUCAGUUAGAAGUUAUUAAAUAUCUUAUUAGUAAGAAGUGUAAUCUAUCAGCUACUGAUGAUGAAGGGUUUGGAGCAGUUCACAUAUCAGUAGAAAGGGGUCACUUGAAUAUAUUGAAGUAUCUCAUUGAUAAUAAUUAUUGUAAUCCUAAUGCAACUGAUCAUCAGGAGCAUACACCACUACACAUUGCUGUAUUGGCUGACAAAUUAGAAAUAAUAGAAUACUUACUCAUGACAACAAUUCCCUCUGUUAGUGUAGCCUGGAUAUGCAAAACAAAGCAUUUAUUGGACAGUCCACAAGGUUUACAUUAUGAUAAUGUACAUGUUAAUGCACAAAACAUUGAAGGUAAUUCACCACUCCACUUAGCUUGUAGAAUGAGACAACAGCAUAUGGUAAAAAUUUUAUCGAGAGCCAGUUUUUCUGCUAGCUGUCUGUUAUUAGCUAACAAGGAAGGACAGACACCAUUACACUUAGCAGUUGCCUCUGGUCAUAAGGAUACCGCUGAAGCUUUACUUGAAUCAGUCAUUGGUAGUUCUACUCAUCAUGAUCUCCUUACAGCUACUGAUAAUGAAGAAUCCACUGUAUUCCAUACAGCUUGCAGUAUAGGACACAUUGAUGUGUUUCGUUAUUUAGCCAGUAUUUAUCCUCAAGGUGUUAAUGUAAUGGAUAAUAGAGGGCGUAGUUUACUUUAUACAGCAUGUGAGGGAUGGGAUAUUGAAAUAGUAAAAGAGUUAGUUGAGGGAUAUAGGCUAAAUCCCAAAUUACAAGAUAAAGAUGGCAUCACAUGCUUACACUUAUUGGCAGAGAGAAAAGGAGUUGGUAUAUUACAGUUUGGAAUGGAUAUGAGAAAUAUAGAGAUGUACCAGUACUUAAAACAUCAUGUUACUAAUCCAAUACCUAAAGACAAGCCUGGUCGCUCUCCUCUUCAUUAUGCUUGCAGAGCAAAUAAUAUUCCUAUUGUACGUUUUCUUGUAGAUACUAUUCCAUCAUGUAGUCCUGAUGAUCCUGAUAAUAAUGGAUACACUUCAGUUCAUGCUGCAUGUGAAGCUGGUAGUAUGGAGUUAGUUUAUUACUUCUUAGACAUACUUAAAUGUAAUGCACAUGCUGAAACCAAUGACUUCAAAACCCUUCUUUACUUUGCUAGUAAGAGUUCUAACUUGGAACUUGUUCGAUUUCUUGUUGAAAGGCAUAAUUUAAAACCUCGUCCACACGAUAUCAAAGUAGCUCAAGCAGUUAAGCCUGAUUCAUCAAUGGUUAGGUAUCUUCAAAAAGUUCAUAGUGACAUAAUAAUAGAUAUAGUAAUGGAGGCAAGGAAAAGUUCAGGCGGUUUCAAGCAAACAAAAGAAGAAUGAGGCAAGACAAAGCAAGGCAGUGGAAGGGUAGUUUUGCAAUAACCAUUUGAGAGGAAUACACACUAAUUCCACUACUAGAUUCUAGUUUGACCUUACUACAGAGCAUCAUCACUUCAGCUGCCAUAUUCAUAAUGUCAUUGAAAAACAGCUAUUUAAUUUUUUAUAAUAGUUUUCACUCUUACACUCCUCUAUUUGCUUUAUUUUCUUUUAAAUAAUUUCUAUGUAUCAUGACAUUACCUAAAUUUCCUUUUUGUAAUUAUAUAUUCCUCCUUUUUCUCUUUAGUUUAUUUGCUAUUUUUAUUUUAAUCUGUUGCUGUUUAUAUAGAUACAAUACUAUUGCUUCUUAUAAAUUUGCACAUAGCACAUUCAAUUACUAGAUUUAUGUACAUGCAUAACAUUUUUUGCUUAUUAUUAUAAUUGUUUAACAAUAAUUUUAAAACUAA